UUUUUUCAGUGACAGCCAUUUUGUAGACAACAACGGAAAUUUGCUGCCAAAUAAAAGACCAACUAACGAGGUCAACAAACUGACUGCGUGCGUUUACACGCAGAGUUUGUUGCAUGUUUAAUUUAAUAAACAUUAUUUUUACAUUUUUUAUAAAAGAAAAAUUUUAAUUUUGAGUUUUUAAUUAAAAUAAAAUAAAAUUUCCAAACGAUUACUUCCUAAACGCAAUACAAAAAGGUGAAGAAUUAACGUUACAGUUUUGGAUUUUAAACGAAAAAACAUAUUAAAGCUGAGGUCAUUUUAAGGAAAAAUGGCUGAAGCUGAAGGAGGAUCUGAGCAGGAUGAUGUUUCAUUCUUGAGGACGGAAGACAUGGUCUGCCUCUCGUGCACAGCAACGGGAGAGCGUGUCUGUCUUGCCGCUGAAGGUUUUGGUAAUCGUCACUGUUUCCUGGAAAAUAUUGCCGACAAGAACGUACCACCCGAUCUAUCGCAAUGUGUAUUUGUUAUCGAGCAGGCUUUAUCAGUUCGUGCUUUACAGGAGUUGGUCACAGCCGCUGGUUCAGAGACUGAUUCCCAAUUUGGCAAAGGUACUGGAUCCGGUCAUAGAACUUUACUCUAUGGUAAUGCCAUCUUAUUGCGCCAUAACAACAGUGACAUGUAUUUGGCUUGUCUUUCCACCUCGUCUUCCAACGAUAAAUUGUCAUUUGAUGUGGGUCUGCAAGAGCACAGUCAGGGCGAGGCAUGUUGGUGGACUGUGCAUCCAGCCAGUAAACAACGUUCAGAGGGUGAGAAAGUCCGUGUAGGUGAUGAUUUAAUUUUAGUUUCGGUUGCAACAGAACGUUAUUUGCAUACAACCAAAGAAAAUGAACAGUCCAUUGUUAAUGCCAGUUUCCAUGUGACUCAUUGGUCGGUGCAACCAUAUGGCACCGGUAUCUCACGUAUGAAGUAUGUGGGUUAUGUAUUUGGUGGCGAUGUUUUGCGCUUUUUCCACGGCGGUGAUGAAUGUCUUACUAUACCGAGUACCUGGGGUCGAGAAGCCGGACAGAAUAUUGUUGUGUACGAAGGUGGUUCGGUAAUGUCCCAGGCUCGAUCCCUGUGGCGUCUUGAAUUGGCACGCACUAAAUGGACUGGCGGUUUUAUAAAUUGGUUCCAUCCCAUGCGUAUCCGACAUAUCACAACUGGACGCUAUUUAGGCGUCAACGAUAAUAACGAAUUGAUUUUGGUUAAAAAGGAAGAAGCAGCUAUUGCUACAACGACUUUCUGCCUACGGGUGGAAAAGGACGACGAGAAAAAAGUACUCGAAGAUAAAGAUUUAGAAGUUAUUGGUUCUCCUAUCAUCAAGUAUGGUGAUACCACCGUUAUAGUCCAGCAUUGUGAAAGCGGUCUGUGGCUCAGUUACAAGAGUUAUGAAACAAAAAAGAAGGGUGUCGGCAAAGUUGAGGAGAAACAAGCCAUUCUGCACGAAGAAGGCAAAAUGGAUGAUUGUCUUGAUUUCUCCAGAUCGCAAGAGGAAGAAUCGAAAACUGCUCGUGUUAUUCGUAAAUGUAGCAGUCUUUUUACACAAUUUAUUAAUGCAUUGGAAACUUUACAAUCAAAUCGUCGUCAUUCGAUAUUCUUCCAAAAAGUCAACCUCAACGAAAUGGUCAUGUGCCUAGAAGAUUUGAUAAACUAUUUCUCUCAGCCACCAGAUGACAUGGAACACGAGGAGAAACAAAAUCGUUUUCGUGCCCUGCGCAAUCGUCAGGAUCUGUUUCAGGAAGAGGGUGUUUUAAAUUUAAUCUUGGAAGCCAUUGAUAAAAUUAAUAUCAUAACAUCACAAGGCUUUCUGGCCAGCUUUUUGGCUGGUGAUGAGACUGGUCAAAGUUGGGAUUUAAUUUCCACUUACCUCUAUCAAUUGUUGGCCGCUAUUAUCCAAGGCAACCACACUAAUUGUGCCCAAUUCGCCAAUAGUAAUCGUUUGAAUUGGCUUUUUUCUCGCUUGGGUUCUCAGGCUUCCAGUGAGGGUUCCGGCAUGUUGGAUGUACUGCAUUGUGUUUUGAUUGAUUCCCCCGAAGCUUUGAAUAUGAUGCGUGAUGAACACAUUAAAGUUAUUAUUUCGCUGUUGGAAAAACACGGCAGAGAUCCCAAGGUCUUGGAUGUUUUAUGUUCACUGUGUGUGGGUAACGGUGUUGCCGUACGUUCCUCGCAAAAUAACAUUUGUGAUUUUCUCCUGCCCGGCAAAAAUCUGCUGCUGCAGACACAACUGGUUGAUCAUGUAGCCAGUAUUAGACCAAAUAUUUUUGUGGGUCGCGUUGAAGGAUCGGCCAUGUAUCAAAGAUGGUAUUUUGAAGUAACUAUGGACCAUAUUGAACAAACCACUCAUAUGAUGCCUCACUUGCGCAUUGGUUGGGCAAAUACUUCCGGCUAUGUACCUUAUCCGGGUGGUGGCAAAAAAUGGGGUGGUAAUGGCGUUGGUGAUGAUUUAUAUUCAUUUGGUUUCGAUGGUGCUUAUUUGUGGACAGGCGGCCAUAAAACUUUGGUUAUGGAUAAUGUGCCCGAAGAACCUUUUAUACGCAAAGGAGAUGUUGUUGGUGUUACCAUUGACUUGUCCGUGCCAGUUAUUACAUUUACAUUUAAUGGCCUUAAAGUUAAGGGUUCAUUCCGAGACUUUAAUUUAGAUGGCAUGUUUUUCCCAGUAAUGAGUUGUUCUUCUAAAUUGAGUUGCCGCUUUUUGUUUGGUGGUGAUCAUGGCCGUUUGAAAUUUAAUCCUCCACCUGGAUUUUCACCCUUGGUGCAGUGUUUAAUGCCUCAUCAAAUAUUAAGUUUAGAUCCUUGCUUUUAUUUUGGUAAUUUAAGUAAAAAUGUUUUAGCCGGUCCUUGGAUGAUAGAGGACGAUAAUGCAUUUGUGCCAAAACCGGUUGAUACAUCGGGAGUUUCAUUGCCUUCUUCGGUAGAUCAAAUUAAAGAAAAAUUGGCUGAAAACAUACAUGAAAUGUGGGCCUUAAAUAAAAUUGAGGCCGGUUGGUCUUGGGGUGAACAUCGUGAUGAUUAUCAUCGUAUACAUCCAUGUUUAACACAAUUUGAAAAAUUACCUCCUGCCGAGAAACGUUACGACAACCAAUUGGCUGUACAAACUUUAAAAACCAUUAUUGCAUUGGGUUAUUAUAUAACCAUGGAUAAACCUCCAGCACGUAUACGUCCCAUACGUCUGCCCAACGAGAUUUUUAUGCAAGCUAAUGGUUAUAAGCCCGCUCCUCUCGAUUUAAGUGCUGUUACUUUAACACCAAAAUUAGAAGAACUAGUCGACCAGUUGGCCGAAAAUACACACAAUCUUUGGGCCAGAGAACGCAUACAACAGGGCUGGACAUAUGGACUCAAUGAGGAUUCCGAAAAUUUACGCAGUCCUCAUUUGGUGCCCUACUCUAAGGUCGAUGAGGCAAUUAAGAAAGCUAAUCGUGAUACUGCUUCUGAAACAGUACGUACUCUACUCGUUUACGGAUAUGUUUUGGAUCCCCCCACAGGCGAAGGUAAUGAGGCUUUAUUGGCCGAGGCUUUAAGGCUUAAAUUUGCCGCCUUCCGUACGUAUCGUGUGGAACGCAAUUAUGCUGUUACCUCGGGUAAAUGGUAUUUUGAAUUCGAGGUUCUUACCUCAGGACCAAUGCGCGUCGGUUGGGCUAGAGCCGAUUGUAAUCCAGGUGCUAUGUUGGGUAGUGAAGACACCAGUUGGGCUUUUGAUGGUCACAAUGAAGAGAAAGUAUUUGGUGGCGUAAGUGAAUCAUUCGGUAAACAAUGUGGUCCAGGCGAUAUAGUUGGAGUUUUCUUAGAUCUAGCCGAUCAUACAAUCAGUUUCUCGCUUAACGGUGAACUCUUAAUGGAUGCGUUGGGCGGAGAGACGACUUUUGCCGAAGUUACUGCAGAAGGUGUAGGUUUUGUACCGGCGUGUACAUUGGGUGUGGGUCAAAAGGCUCGUUUGAUUUACGGUCAAGACGUAGAUUCUCUUAAGUUUUUCACUACUUGUGGUCUUCAGGAAGGUUAUGAACCUUUCUGCGUGAAUAUGCGACGCCCUGUCACCCAUUGGUAUACCAAGGAUCAGCCAAUAUUCGAAAAUACAGAAGAGAUGCCUGACUGUCGUAUUGAUGUGACACGUAUUCCAGGUGGAGCUGAUACACCACCUCAUUUGAAAAUUUCCCACAAUACUUUUGAGACCAUGGAAAAAGCCAACUGGGAGUUCUUACGUCUUUCCCUGCCAGUCACUUGUAUGAGUGAGUUUAUUACUGAAGCGGAGAAGGCCAGACGUUGGGAGGAAAUUAAAAUUAGACAAUAUCGUCUGAUGCGCGAUGCUCAAGAACAACAGCAGCAACAAACAUCAGCCCAUAUGGAUCAUAUGUUGAAGAGUGGUUUUACAAUGAACGACAUUAAGGGACUUAAUCGAAAUUUCGAUGAUACAGCUGAGGCUGACGAAAUGCAUAGUCCCGCCCGACCACCGCGUAGAAGUUCUGUUUCACGCAAUAUCACCUUUGAAUCGGAUUUGGGAGCGCCAGAGGAACUACAACGCUCCACGUCUGCGCUUGAUAUGAAUGGAAUGGAUGAAAGCAUGAUGGACGAUAAGAAGAAGCGCGGCCGUAGUCCGUUUAAGUUCUUCUCCAAGAAAUCGCGCGAUCAAAGUAAAGAAAAAAUGCCUGGCCGUGCUCCCGAAGUAAGCAUGGAAAGACGUAACACCGUUGCCCAUGGUCGUAAUGUGGUCAAUGCUCAAACGACUACAAAAGCUCCAACAUUGCGUUUAAAUAAUACUGAAAUGCCUCAGACUCCCGUACAGCAGGGACCAAAAGCUCUUAGUGGUGGUGCUCUAGGACAGCCAUCUGUUGAAUCUUCAGGCAACGAAAUGUUUGAUGCCGAAUGUUUAAAACUUAUUAACGAAUAUUUUUAUGGUGUUCGUAUAUUCCCUGGUCAGGAUCCCACCCAUGUAUAUGUAGGUUGGGUUACGACACAAUAUCAUUUGCAUAGCAAGGAAUUUAACAAGGACAAGGUGCGAAGAGGAUCCGUAAUUAUUGAAGAUGAUUAUGAAAUGCCUAUCGAACGAAUUAAUCGCCAAAGUUGUUAUGUCGUACGUGCCGAUGAACUCUUUAAUGAAGUAACUCAAGAUGCUUCAGGUAAGGGAGCAUCACAGGGCAUGUUUGUUGGAUGUUUCGUCGACACCGCUACGGGCAUGAUAAGUUUUACAUGUGAAGGAAAGGAGACUUCACAUCGUUGGAAGAUGGAACCAGGAACGAAACUUUUCCCAGCUAUUUUUGUUGAAGCCACUAGCAAAGAAAUUUUGCAAAUUGAAUUGGGACGUACAGCAACAACACUGCCUCUUUCAGCUGCUGUCUUGCCAACAAGUGAUAAACAUAUCAAUCCACAGUCCCCACCUCGUUUAAAGGUCCAAUGUCUUCGUCCACAUCAAUGGGCACGUGUUCCUAAUACAGCACUGCAAGUGCAUGCUCUCAAGCUAUCCGACAUACGAGGCUGGUCAAUGCUUUGUGAAGAUCCAGUCUCUAUGUUGGCCCUCCACAUCCCUGAGGAAGAUCGUUGCAUUGACAUCUUAGAAUUGAUAGAAAUGGAUAAACUACUAUCUUUCCACGCUCAUUCACUAACCUUGUAUGCUGCUCUCUGCUAUCAGUCCAAUUAUAGAGCUGCCCAUGCUUUAUGUCAACAUGUUGAUCAGAAGCAACUGUUGUAUGCUAUACGUUCCGAAUAUAUGAGUGGACCGCUACGUCAGGGCUUUUAUGACCUUUUAAUUGCAUUGCAUUUGGAAUCGCAUGCCACCACAAUGGAGGUUUGUAAGAUGGAAUAUAUCAUUCCUUUAGGACCAGAACUUAAAUUCCUCUACGAAGAUGAGGAAAUGUGUCAUUCCUUGAGGUCAUUGAUUACCGAAUCAGUUCAGCCUCAUUUGCGCAUGACAGAAAUAACCACACCUAUGAGUACCCAUACCACUAGCAUACAAAAUGUUUCCAGUGAACCAAUACCAGACAUCGAUCAUCUGUACUCCCCGAAGUUCCCCUUAGAAGUAGUGCGCGAAUUUGUUAUGGAAGCAUUACAGGAGGCCGUUGAGAUCAAUCAAGUGCACAAUAGAGAUCCAAUCGGAUGGACGAAUGAAAAUCUUUUCUUGCCCCUUUUGAAGCUUACUGAUCGCUUGUUGUUAGUGGGUGUCAUGACCGAUGAUGAUGUUCAAAAGUUGUUGGUUAUGAUCGAUCCAGAAACAUGGGAUCCUAGCUUUGAAAAAGAUGGAAAAGAUGAACAUCGUAAAGGUCUUUUAACCAUGAAGAUGGCGGAAGGAGCCAAGCUACAAAUGUGUUAUCUACUUCAUCACCUUUAUGACAUUCAGCUUAGACAUCGCGUGGAAAGCAUUAUUGCAUUCUCACAUGACUUUGUGGGUGAUCUUCAAGCAGAUCAAUUGCGUCGCUAUAUAGAAAUCAAACAAUCCGAUCUUCCAAGUGCUGUCGCAGCCAAGAAAACAAAAGAAUUCCGCUGUCCACCAAGAGAACAAAUGAACCAGAUUCUUUGCUUUAAGAAUCUGGAACCAGAUGAUCAUGAAAAUUGUACUUGUGGCUUGGAUUUGCGUGGACGUUUAUACGAUUUCCAUGAUUCUCUUAUGAAAAAAGUCUCACUAAAUGCUUUGCAGGAGCCGGACGAACCAGAAAGCAAUGCGAUCGAAGAGGUCAAAACGGGUCCAAUUACAAAGAUAUACAAUUUCAUUAACACAGUGAAGGAACUUGAAGAAGGUCCCAAAGAAGUUGAGGAACCUGAGAAGAAAACUCCCGAAGAAGUGUUCCGUAAAGUUUUAAUCAAAACAAUUGUUAGUUGGGCUGAGGAAUCACAAAUUGAAACCCCCAAAUUGGUGCGUGAAAUGUUUAGCCUUCUUGUUAGGCAGUACGACACGGUGGGUGAAUUGGUGAGAGCUCUUGAAAAAACAUAUGUCAUCAACAAUAAAGCCCGAGAAGAUGUGGCUGAAAUGUGGGUUGGUUUAAGCCAAAUCCGCGCUUUGCUUCCUGUUCAAAUGAGUCAAGAAGAAGAGGAGUUAAUGAGGAAGCGAUUGUGGAAGUUAGUUAACAAUGCUACAUUCUUCCAACAUCCCGAUUUGAUACGCAUUCUCAGAGUUCAUGAGAACGUAAUGGCUGUUAUGAUGAACACUCUAGGUCGACGAGCUCAAGCCCAAAGUGACGCCCCAGCUCAAUCGGAGGGAGCGGAAGGAGCUCCAGCUAAAGAGAAGGAUACUUCUCAUGAAAUGGUGGUAGCUUGCUGUCGUUUCCUUUGUUAUUUUUGUAGGACUGGAAGACAAAAUCAAAAAGCCAUGUUCGAUCACUUUGACUUUUUGCUAGACAAUGCAAACAUUUUACUCGCUAGACCCAGCUUACGCGGUUCCACUCCUCUAGAUGUGGCAUACUCAAGUUUAAUGGAGAACACAGAACUAGCUCUGGCCUUGCGCGAACACUAUUUAGAGAAAAUUGCCGUUUAUCUUUCGCGCUGCGGUUUGCAAAGUAACUCCGAGCUCGUCGAAAAGGGCUAUCCUGACUUAGGUUGGGAUCCUGUAGAAGGCGAACGCUAUUUGGACUUUUUACGUUACUGCGUUUGGGUAAAUGGUGAAAGUGUUGAAGAAAACGCCAACCUUGUCAUUCGUCUUCUUAUCCGACGUCCAGAAUGUUUAGGGCCGGCUCUAAGAGGAGAAGGAGAAGGUCUAUUCCGUGCUAUAGUUGAGGCCAAUCGUAUGUCUGAACGGAUAUCUGACCGCUGCAAAAUGCAAGACGAAGCCGAAGGCACUAUUGCUGGCCUUAACUUCUCUCAUCCUCUACCCGAAGGCGAAGAGGACGAGGACUACAUUGAUACUGGUGCUGCUAUCUUGAACUUCUAUUGUACCUUAGUUGAUCUUCUCGGUAGAUGUGCACCCGACGUCUCGGUAAUAGAACAAGGUAAAAAUGAAUCAUUAAGAGCUAGAGCUAUUUUGAGAUCUCUUGUGCCACUGGAGGAUCUUCAAGGUGUCCUCAGCUUAAAGUUCACACUCACUCAAACUGCACCGGGAGAGGAAAGGCCAAAGUCUGACAUGCCCUCGGGUCUAUUGCCCAAUAACAAACAAAGCAUCGUUCUUUUCUUGGAACGUGUCUAUGGCAUAGAAACACAGGAGCUCUUCUAUCGUCUACUCGAGGAUGCGUUCCUGCCUGAUUUGAGAACAGCCACCAUUCUAGAUAAAAGUGAUGGCUCAGAAAGUGAUAUGGCUCUUUCAAUGAAUCGCUACAUUGGCAAUUCUAUAUUGCCUCUCUUAAUUAAACAUUCUAAAUUCUACAAUGAGGCAGAAAAUUAUGCAAGCUUAUUGGAUGCAACACUGCACACGGUCUAUAGAUUGUCUAAGAACCGUAUGCUUACUAAGGGCCAAAGAGAAGCUGUCUCUGACUUUUUGGUGGCUUUGACAUCACAAAUGCAACCUGCAAUGUUGUUGAAACUCUUACGCAAGUUGACAGUUGAUGUCUCAAAAUUAUCCGAAUACACGACUGUGGCUUUGAGGCUCCUUACAUUACACUUUGAUCGCUGUGCCAAAUAUUAUGGCUCCAGUCAAGGUCAAGGCUCUUAUGGAGCAUCGUCUGAUGAAGAAAAACGUCUUACUAUGCUCCUGUUCUCUAACAUAUUUGACUCACUCAGCAACAUGGAUUACGAUCCUGAAUUGUUUGGUAAAGCGUUGCCAUGUUUGAUUGCAAUUGGAUGUGCUUUGCCACCGGACUACAGUUUAUCCAAAAACACCGACGAAGAUUACUAUGGUCGUCAAUCCGGCGCCCCCGAUCAACCGCAAUAUGACCCUAACCCUAUUGAUACAGUCAGCGUUAAUUUGACCAACGAUUAUAAUUCUUUGGUGCAGAAGUUUAGCGAACAUUAUCAUGAUGCUUGGGCCAGUCGCCGUUUAGAGAGCGGAUGGACUUACGGUGAAAUACGCUCUGAUAGUGAUCGUAAACAUCCUAGACUUAAACCCUAUAAUAUGUUAACUGAAUACGAACGUGAACGUUAUAGAGAUCCAGUAAGGGAAUGCUUGAAAGCUCUUUUAGCUCUAGGUUGGACCAUUGAACAUUCUGAAAUUGAAGUACCUCAAAAUCAUCGUGGUUCCACCAGACGUCAAUCAAAGCCUCAAAUUCACGAUUUUCAGAACGAAGGAAGUGCCUUCAAUUACAAUCCACAUCCUGUUGAUAUGACAAAUCUCACGCUAAGCAGAGAAAUGCAAAAUAUGGCGGAGCGUUUAGCUGAAAACUCGCAUGAUAUUUGGGCCAAAAAGAAGAAGGAGGAACUGGAUUCCUGCGGUGGUGUUAUUCAUGCUCAACUUGUGCCUUAUGAUUUGUUAACAGACAAAGAAAAGCGCAAAGAUCGUGAGAGGUCCCAAGAAUUCUUAAAGUAUAUGCAAUAUCAAGGAUACAAAUUGCACAAACCAUCUAAGGGUGGAGUGGCUGAAGGCGAAGGAGGUGCUGCUACUACUGCUGUAGAAUUAAGAUUCUCCUAUUCUUUAUUGGAGAAGCUAAUUCAAUAUGUGGACCGAGCAACUAUUAAUAUGAAGUUAUUGAAACCUUCGACAACAUUCAGUCGACGGUCCUCAUUCAAGACAGCAUCUCGCGAUAUUAAGUUCUUCUCGAAAGUUGUUCUGCCUUUGAUGGAAAAAUACUUCUCCACACAUCGAAACUAUUUUAUUGCUGUUGCUACGGCCACUAAUAAUGUAGGAGCUGCAUCUUUGAAGGAAAAAGAAAUGGUAGCUUCAAUAUUCUGCAAAUUAGCAUCUCUUUUACGCAACAGGUUGAGUGCUUUUGGUCCAGAUGUACGCAUUACUGUGCGUUGUCUUCAAGUUUUGGUUAAAGGAAUUGAUGCCAGAACUUUAGUAAAGAAUUGUCCCGAGUUUAUAAGAACAUCCAUGCUGACAUUCUUUAAUCAAACAGCUGACGAUUUAGGAAACACAAUUCUUAAUUUACAAGAUGGCAAAUAUAGUCAUCUGAGAGGAACUCAUCUAAAGACGUCAACAUCGCUGGGUUACAUUAAUCAAGUCGUUAUGCCGGUCUUAACUGCCAUGUUUGAUCAUUUAGCAGCAUGUGACUAUGGCAGUGACUUGUUGUUAGAUGAAAUUCAAGUUGCAUCUUAUAAAAUUCUAGCUGCAUUGUACCAUCUGGGAACAGAUGGUACUUUAACGCACGAGCGCAAAUACUUGAAAACUGAAAUCGAGAGACAUCGUCCAGCCUUGGGUUCUUGCUUGGGAGCAUUUAGUUCUUGUUUCCCAGUAGCUUAUUUGGAACCUCACCUUAAUAAGCAUAAUCAAUUUUCUUUACUUAAUCGUAUAGCCGAUCACUCCCUAGAGGCACAAGAUAUAAUGGUCAAAAUGGAAAGUUGCAUGCCAAAUUUGGAAACUAUUCUAGGGGAAGUAGACCAAUUUGUGGAAUCUGAUAAUACAUACAAUGAUGCACCUCACAUUAUUGAUGUUAUUUUGCCUUUGUUAUGUUCCUACCUUCCAUUCUGGUGGUCACAAGGACCUGACAAUGUCAGCCCUACAAGUGGCAAUCACGUAACUAUGGUUACUGCCGAUCACAUGAAUUCAUUGUUGCGCAAUGUACUUAAAAUGAUCAAGAAAAAUAUUGGCAAUGAUAAUGCUCCUUGGAUGACCAGAAUUGCUGCGUAUACACAGCAGAUUAUUAUUAACACAUCUGAAGAACUACUGAAAGAUCCAUUCUUGCCCUUGGCGGAAAGAGUUAAAAAACGAACUGAAAACAUGUUCCACAAGGAGGAGAGCAUGCGUGGCUUCAUCAAGUCAGCAACGGAUGACACAUCACAAGUUGAAACGCAAUUGCAAGAGGAUUGGAAUUUGCUAGUACGGGAUAUAUAUUCAUUCUAUCCCCUGUUAAUCAAGUAUGUCGAUCUUCAACGUAAUCAUUGGCUAAAAGAUAAUAUUCCUGAAGCCGAAGAGCUAUACAACCAUGUGGCAGAAAUAUUUAACAUUUGGUCAAAGAGUCAGUACUUCCUUAAGGAGGAACAGAACUUUAUAUCCGCAAAUGAAAUUGAUAACAUGGCUUUGAUUAUGCCAACGGCUACCAGAAGAUCUGCCAUUACAGAGGGUACUCCUGUUACAGGAGGCAAGGUUAAAAAGAAGAAAAAGAAUCGUGAUAAGAAGCGCGACAAAGACAAAGAGAUACAAGCCAGUUUAAUGGUUGCAUGUCUUAAACGUCUACUGCCCGUGGGUCUCAACCUGUUUGCUGGUCGUGAGCAGGAAUUGGUGCAACACUGCAAAGAUCGUUACCUAAAGAAGAUGCCUGAGUACGAUGUUAUCGAAUUUGCUCACCUACAGUUGACAUUGCCCGACAAACUAGAUCCUUCGGACGAAAUGUCAUGGCAGCAUUAUUUGUAUUCGAAAUUGGGCAAAAAGGAAGAAGUGUCCGAAGAACAAGCAGUAGAAAAAGCAUCUAAUCAAAAUGAAAAGGGCAAAGACAAGACACAAGAAACGGUCGAUCGUAUUGUAGCGAUGGCCAAAGUAUUAUAUGGCUUGCACAUGAUUGAUCAUCCCCAACAGCAAAGCAAAAAUGUCUACAGGAGUGUUGUUUCCAUACAAAGGAAGCGUGCUGUUAUUGCGUGCUUCCGUCAGACAUCUCUACAUUCUUUACCAAGACAUAGAGCUUGCAACAUUUUUGCUCGUACAUAUCACGAACAAUGGCUACAGGAAGAAAAUGUAGGCCAAGAGGUUAUGAUUGAAGAUCUUACACAAACGUUUGAGGAAUUCGAAAAGUCUAAAAAGGAAGAAGAUGAAUCCGAAAGCAAACCCGAUCCCUUGACACAACUGGUUACUACCUUCUGUCGAGGCGCUAUGACUGAAAGAAGUGGUGCCCUUCAGGAAGAUGUACUUUAUAUGUCUUACGCUCAAAUUGCUGCCAAAUCUUGUGGAGAAGAAGAGGAAGAAGGAGGCGGCGAAGAAGAAGGUGGCGAAGGCGGAGAAGAAGCAGCAGAAGGAGAAGGGACUAGUAUUCAUGAACAAGAAAUGGAAAAACAAAAAUUACUUUUCCAUCAAGCACGUUUGUCAAAUCGUGGUGUAGCUGAAAUGGUGUUGUUGCAUAUAUCUGCCUCCAAGGGUAUACCUUCCGAAAUGGUAAUGACAACUUUAAAUUUGGGUAUUGCCAUUUUACGUGGAGGCAACAUUGAUAUUCAAAUGGGUAUGCUUAAUCACCUGAAGGAGAAAAAAGAUGUUGGAUUCUUUACUUCAAUUGCUGGCUUAAUGAAUUCGUGCAGUGUCUUGGAUUUGGAUGCUUUCGAGAGAAACACGAAAGCAGAAGGUCUUGGCGUCGGUUCGGAGGGUGCUGCUGGUGAGAAGAAUAUGCAUGAUGCCGAAUUUACUUGUGCGCUGUUCCGUUUCAUUCAAUUGACAUGUGAAGGCCACAACUUGGACUGGCAGAAUUACUUGCGUACCCAGGCUGGCAACACAACAACGGUGAACGUUGUCAUUUGCACAGUCGAUUACUUGUUGCGUUUGCAGGAAUCUAUUAUGGACUUCUAUUGGCAUUAUUCUAGCAAGGAAAUCAUAGAUCCAGCAGGAAAGGCCAAUUUCUUUAAGGCUAUCGGCGUGGCCAGUCAAGUGUUCAACACCCUUACUGAAGUCAUUCAGGGUCCAUGUACUCUUAAUCAGCAAGCUUUGGCUCAUUCAAGAUUGUGGGAUGCGGUUGGAGGUUUCCUCUUCCUUUUCUCUCACAUGCAGGAAAAAUUAUCGAAGCACUCUAGUCAAGUUGAUUUAUUGAAGGAACUGUUAAAUUUGCAGAAGGACAUGAUCACUAUGAUGUUAUCUAUGUUGGAAGGCAAUGUCGUAAAUGGUACAAUUGGUAAACAGAUGGUUGAUACACUAGUAGAAUCAGCUGGCAAUGUGGAAUUGAUUUUGAAAUACUUCGAUAUGUUCUUGAAACUCAAGGAUCUAAUUGAAUCUCCUAGCUUCCAAGAAAUUGAUAUCAAGAAUGAAGGAUGGGUUACUCCAAAAGACUUUAGAGAUAAAAUGGAACAAUCGAAGAAUUAUACACCCGAGGAAAUGGACUUUUUGCUGGCUUGUUGUGAACGUAAUCAUGAGGGUAAAAUUGAUUAUGCGGCAUUUGUUGAUCGUUUCCACGAACCCUCAACGGAAAUCGGUUUUAAUUUGGCUGUAUUGUUAACCAAUCUAAGUGAGCAUAUGCCCAAUGAACCACGUUUGGCUCGAUUCCUUGAAACUGCUGGCUCUGUAUUGAACUACUUUGAGCCAUUCUUAGGACGUAUUGAAAUCUUGGGUAGUUCAAAGAGAAUUGAACGUGUUUAUUUCGAAAUUAAGGACUCUAAUAUCGAACAAUGGGAGAAACCCCAGAUUAAGGAAUCGAAGAGAGCAUUCUUCUAUUCGAUUGUAACUGAAGGUGGUGAUAAGGAAAAACUUGAAGCUUUUGUAAACUUCUGCGAAGAUGCCAUUUUUGAAAUGACUCACGCUUCUGGUUUGAUGGCAACAGAUGACGGUGGCAGUAAUGUCAAACGUGAUACUUCCUAUAGUUCGUAUAUGAGUGAAGAGGAUGAAGAACGAGCAGCUAGACACCCUGUUACACGAACCAUAAAUGCUGUAAAAGAUGGUCUUAAAUUUGCCGCGGUUAUGUUAAGUCCUGCAAAUAUUAAACAUCAAAUUGGUGUUAUGCAAACGAAAUCUGCACCGGAAUUGAUUGUUGGAUUCUUUAAAAUUAUUUUCUACAUGUUCUACUACACUGGUUAUGCCCACUUUGCAGUGGUUCGAUAUAUAUUUGGAAUUUUAAUGAAUUUGAUGCGUGGACCGGCUCCUGAGGAAGUAGAAGAGGCACCAGUGGAGGAAGAAACGUUUGGUAGGGCGUUACCGCCUUUGCCUAUAGAGGAACCACCAGGUACAGUACAAGCAUUUGGUUUGGACAUAAAUAAAGAAGAAAACGGACAGUAUAAGGUAACGGUACAUGAAUCUUCUGGUGGCAGUCCUUCGACAUCAGUUGAAGAAACUGGUGAAUCAAGCCCUGAAGAUGGUGGACCCACUGGUGAAGCAACUGCUGAGACAGAAAGCCAUGUUGAACCUAUAUCGAUUGUAGAUUUGUUAGGUGGAGAGGCAGCUAAAAAGGCUGCUCAAGAACGUCAAGAGGCUCAAAAAGCACAAGAAGCUGCAAUGGCCUCCAUCGAAGCUGAAGCUAAGAAAUCAUCUGCCGCUCCUCAAGAAACUCCAGCCGUUAAUCAAAUCGACUUUUCUGCUUAUGCCCACCGUGCCGUUAGCUUUUUGGCUCGUAAUUUCUACAACCUGAAAUAUGUAGCUUUAGUUUUAGCUUUCAGCAUCAACUUUAUGUUACUCUUCUAUAAAGUUACAUCCUUUACUGAAGACGAAGAAGCUUCCGGUGAUGAUGUAUUGAUAUUGGGAUCUGGUUCAGGUGCAGGUAUGACUGGUUCUGGUCUUGGCUCAGGUGAAGGUUCGGGUGAUGACGGAGGAGAGGAAGAUGAUAUACCGGAAUUGGUUCACGUCGACGAAGAUUUCUUCUAUAUGGAACACGUUAUACGUAUAGCUGCGAUAUUGCACAGUCUGGUCUCAUUAGCUAUGUUGAUUGCCUACUAUCAUCUCAAAGUUCCCUUGGCUAUUUUCAAACGUGAAAAGGAAAUUGCGAGACGUCUGGAAUUCGACGGCCUUUUCAUUGCAGAACAACCUGAAGAUGAUGAUUUCAAGUCGCAUUGGGAUAAACUGGUAAUAUCGGCCAAAUCAUUCCCGGUUAAUUAUUGGGACAAAUUCGUAAAGAAAAAAGUUCGCCAAAAGUACAGCGAAACAUAUGAUUUCGAUUCGAUUUCCAAUCUCUUGGGUAUGGAGAAAAGUUCAUUUAUGGCUCAAGAAGCUGAUGAAGGCGGCCUCGUUAAAUACAUUAUGAAUAUCGAUUGGCGCUAUCAAGUUUGGAAGGCGGGAGUAACAUUUACCGAUAACGCUUUCCUCUACUCACUUUGGUACUUCUCGUUCUCUGUAAUGGGAAACUUUAACAACUUCUUCUUCGCUGCUCAUUUGCUCGAUGUUGCUGUCGGUUUCAAGACUCUCCGUACCAUUUUGCAAUCCGUAACACAUAACGGUAAACAACUCGUACUCACAGUAAUGCUUUUGACCAUUAUUGUAUACAUUUACACGGUCAUUGCCUUCAAUUUCUUCCGUAAAUUCUAUAUUCAAGAAGAGGAUGAAGAAGUAGACAAAAAAUGUCACGACAUGUUAACGUGCUUCGUAUUCCAUCUUUAUAAGGGCGUAAGAGCAGGUGGUGGUAUUGGUGACGAAAUCGGAGAUCCAGAUGGUGAUGAUUACGAAGUCUAUCGUAUUAUCUUCGAUAUUACUUUCUUCUUCUUCGUCAUUGUUAUUCUUUUGGCCAUCAUUCAAGGUUUGAUCAUUGAUGCCUUUGGUGAGCUUCGUGAUCAAUUGGAGUCGGUUAAAGAGAAUAUGGAAUCAAAUUGCUUCAUAUGUGGCAUGGGUAAGGACUUCUUUGACAUAGUACCGCACGGUUUCGAUACUCAUGUCCAGAAAGAACACAACUUGGCCAACUACAUGUUCUUCCUUAUGCAUUUGAUUAACAAACCGGAUACGGAAUAUACUGGUCAAGAGACAUACGUUUGGAAUAUGUAUCAACAGCGUAGCUGGGACUUCUUCCCAGUCGGUGAUUGCUUCCGCAAGCAAUAUGAAGAUGAACUAUCAGGAGGUGGUGGCGGCGGUUAAUAUUCUUCCUCUACAAGCCUUUAAAUAGUAUGUCGACGGACCAUUUAACUAUACAUACAAUGUUUUUUAGACAAAUUUUUUUCACUACUGUUUUUAUAUACUAAAUAUCUACUUAAACUUAUAUAAAUCUGUAUAUUUACUAUAUAUUUAAUAAUAUUAAUAAAAUUGUUAAAACAAUCAAUUGUUAAGUCAACCAAGGAAUUUAUUCAAACACCUAGUCAAUUUGAAACGAAGCAAAAACCAACAAAUUAAAGUAAAAACAAUACACCUAAUUUAUUAAAUUUAUUUUAUUACCGUUACUGUAAAAACUUUUUUGUUAAUAGCGUAAAAUUGUAACCGCCUUCAAACAAAAAACUAAUUUAUCUAGACAAACAACUCAGAAUAGAAAUCAAAAAUGUAUAAACAAAAUUUAUUUGUAUUCGUAUUUAAAUAAACUUGUACUAUUUAUUAAAUAAAUUUUAAUGAUUUUAUUGAAAAAUAAA